AUGGGAGUGGGUCUCGCCUUGGCGGUGCCCGUGGUGGGGAGAGACGAGGGAGGAGACGGCGAGGAGGGGUGCUCUGAAAAGUUCAUCAUCAGUAGUGGCAAGAAGAGGGUCGAGAAGAAGAGAUCAAAGGAGCAGAUGAUAGAGUGCAAAAUAUGCCAGGAAGAAGGGGAGGAGGGUGACAUGGAAGCUCCCUGCGCCUGCAGUGGUACCAUCAAGGUCUCUCUCUCUCUCUCUCUCUCUCUCAUCCUCUUUCAAUAUCUCGAAGUCGCUGCUCGCUUCUUAUUUCUGUAAUUAUGUUCCUCUGUUUUCUUUUGCUUAUUAAUUGUACAUGUGAGAACAGGCGGCUUCCUGACAGUGGGCCAAUAUUUUCUACGUCGAAUUUUUCCCUUUCCGAAAUUUUUUAAUUAGUUUUCCGUUCCUGUGGUUUGGAUGUUUGACUUACAAACAAUGUGGAAUUUCCCAUUGUUUUCAAUUUGCGUUUCUCAUUUCCUCUUUUAUCUUAUGCGACCUUCUAGGUCUUGUGCUUAUAAUCUUCUUUUAGCUCUUUCUUAUUUCAGUUGCCCGAGAUUCUCUUUCCUUGGAAGGAUUUUUCUUCUUCUUAAUGCUUAGAAUUUAACAAUUUUGCGUUUUGUUGCAUUUUCUGUAUCUAACGUUGCUUCUUUUUUUUUUCCUUUUUAGUUCUCUCCUGGAUAUGAACCUUUUGUGGUUUUACUGGAAAUGAACUGUACACCAUUCCUGUUACCUCCCUAUUUUAAUCCAUGAAUUUAUUCAUUCCAAUGUUUUCUCAUGUAUUCUCCCUUAUUUUAUUUCUGAGGUUAAAUUUUUGGGGCUCAAGAAAAUUUCAAUUGUAUUAAAUUAUUAGACGGGCUGUUAUUAAACAACCUAAUGAUUUCCUUUUUUCUUUUCCUGGCAUGUAGUUUGCCCACAGGAAAUGCGUCGAGAGAUGGUGCAAUAAGAAAGGGAACAUCAUCUGUGAAAUCUGCAAUCAGGUUGGACAAUAACCUGAUGAGAGUUUAGAUUUUCUAUAUUUCCUUCCCUGAACAUUGAUAAUCCUUUAUAUAUUCUGCGACUAUUUGACCACAUUUUUUAAUGGAAAUGUCUAUUCAAUGACUGGUUAAGUUUGUGUUGACCUUGAUUCAAUUAAAAAUAGAAUGAUUUUAUGUUCUCGUCUUUCCUGAAAUCUGUCUUUUUUUUUUUACUGGGAAUCCGAAAAUUCAUGGCAUAUCUAAUGCAGUCGACAUAAAGAGAGGAUGAUAUUUCUUUCAUGUACCAUGAUGAAACUCUCCCAAUUUUAUUUCCUCUAUCUCACCAGAAAUACUGCUGAUUUACGGCCAAUAUCUGUGGGUUCAUUUAGAAUUUAAUCACAUAUAGAAAUAUGAUGGCCAGAUGGUGAACCUGAUUGGGACGUUGAAGUCGAUUAAAUGUAUUCAUGAUCGGAUGUGUUGAAAAGCUGUUGCUUUUUUCUUCUUGAACUGUGUCCAUCAUUAUGCUGUUUUCUUCUUUAUGACUUGUACUUAUUUUCUCUCUUUCAUCCAUCUUUAACAGGCAUAUGCUCCGAAUUAUUCUGUUCCCCACAAAGAUUGUAUGACCAUUGACAUCAGGUAGUCUUCUGGAGAUUCUUGGUUUUUUUCCCAUGUUGAUGUCUUACCGUUCAUAUUUUGUCAAUCUAAGAGGUUUACUUCAUGGAAAUUUUCCCACCAAUCUUAUGUAAUGCAAAUAAGACAAAUAAAUUCACAAUCACCAGUUGUUACAUGUGUUGAGAAAGCAUGAUAAACAUUACCUGUUGCUUUAGCUUGAUGAUUUAGUUUGCCAAUGAGCGUAAAUAUCAUUCGAAUCACGGUUCUGUUAUUAUUGGGAUUAUGUGGGUCAUAAUAACUGAGCUCACUCACAUUGCGGUAGAGUCAUUGAACUGUUGUUUCGAAAAAAAAUGGACACCGACCAGAGUUGGCUAUGACUUUAGAUCACAUGAUGUUCCCUUUUGCUAGGAUCGACGGGUUGACCUUGAAAGUUUCGAAUCCCUUUGCCAUUCUACACGGCUCCUUGAUGCCAAAUAAUUCAAUUUACUUUUUCAUUCGGAAAAUUGAGAAUCAUGUUUCAGGUCUGAUCUUGAAAGAUCAUUAUUCUGCCCAUUGUUUUUUAGAGGUAUUGGAUAAUGGAAAUCAAAACUAUCAUCUGAUCUCGAAUAUCUUUCUUUCAGCCAGUAUUUUUUUAGAGUUUGCUCCAAUGCUGCUCCUUUAUUAUGUCAGUACCAAGGAUGACCAAAUCCCCCCUGCUACCAAUUAUUUUUUUUCUCUUUCAUUCUUCAGCAACAAUCAUAGUAAAUCAGGCUAACUCAUUGACUGGAGAUGUAGAUUGGGUCUCAUUAUCUUACCCCCCCCCUCCCCCCCCCCCAACCUAAAAGAACAUAGAAAAAGAAUGAAUGCAACGUAUUUUUUUAUGCGUAGCAUUAAAUUGGGGAACCCCACAUCUGUUAUCAACAUGAUGCUGUUAUCAACGCUUCAUCUUUUGGCCAAAGUGGACCUUAAUUGUCACAGUUCAUAUGUCUCUAGCAUCCUAUCUAAUUCUGUUUCGCCUUUGACCAGACAGGGUUGGGGACCACAGAUUGAUCUAGAUGCCCCCCACUUCUUUGCAAUUGCUGCUGCAGAGCAGCAGUUCCUGCAUGUUGAGUAUGACGAUUUUUCUGUUUCAAACACCAGUGGAGUAUUAUGUUGCCGUUAUAUGGCUUUCAUGGUAUGCUAGAACUCUACCUCGUUUUCCAUAUGUAUCAGCCAGAUUGCGAACAUGAUAAUGGUGAAAUAAUAGAAAUUUCUGCAGUUGUUGUUGCUGUUGAUCAUCCGUCAAGCCCUCAUGCUCACAGGAGAAUCAGGAACGCUACGGAAUUUAUCAAUCUUGGUCAAUGUGAGCUUUAUACUUUAUCUUUCUUAGAUUUUUUAUAUUGGAGCUCCUCUUUAUUUUUCUUAUAAGCCAACUAGUGUUUCCACCAUUGCAGUGUGACCAAUACAACCCAUAGUUUUUAUUUUUAUUUUUACUAAAAAUCCUUUUUUCUUCACUUGCCUUUGAAAUCUUCAGACUCAAGACUAUCUUUUUUCAGGUUUUUUAAUCCUUUAACGUGCGGACCCAAGAUUGGGACUAAUCCGUGUCUGGUGGGUUUAAAUGGGUUAUACUUCCAUGCUCCGACAAUUAAUUGGCCUAAGUGGGAUAUUUUAUUUAGUGUAUGGGGAGACAAAUAGCAUAGGUAACGAAUCGCAUUAAACACACAAUUGGCAUCCAUAUAUAUAUAUAUAUAUAUAUAUAUAUAUAUAUAUAUAAAAUAUGUGCAUAUAUUCCUUCCAAAGUUGUCUGGCAUAAUGCUUUUCCAUGCAUGAAAAAUGAAAGACUAAUAUGUUUCUUCAUGCUUCUCAGAUCUCUGUCCUUCAGUUUUCCGGUUUUCUUCUACUGUUCUACCUCAUUGGGCGCUCAUUCUACAUGUUCCAGUGUCGGCGGAGACGGCAGGUACCUUCCCCCUGAAAAUUUAGAAAAUGUCUAUUAUUAUUCUUUAAUUUCGGGCCUGAGGCUGAAUAUGGACAGAAAAUCCGCUGGGGUGCGUUUAAAUAGGAAAAUCCGGUAAUUUAAUUUGAAUAGAUGGGAAGUCAACCAUGGAUUAGAACAGGAGUGGAAUGGUGCAUGAGAUGGAUGGAUGAAUGAAUAAAUGAAUGAUUGGCUUGCUCUUGAUGAUGAUAGUCUAUGGAUGGGAGCUGAGUUGUGCCCAUCUGCCGUCACCUUCUCUCCUUUCUGUCAAUUCUCUCUGGUUGUAGCUUGGAUUCCCAUUCCUUUUUUUUUCUCCUUUUUGCCUUUUUCAGCAUUGAACGAGGAUGAGAGCUGCCCAGAGUCAAAUGCAUUGUUCUUGACGGGGCCAGGUCAACUCCUGACCCAUUUUCAGCCAUUUCAAUUGGCUAUGUAUUCACCAAAAGGGGAUGCCGAUGUAAUUAUCUGAUAGGCUUUGUGUGAAGGAAAAAAAAUGUAGAAACUAUUCUCCACAGAGAAAUAAAAUUUAAAUGUGGAGAAAUUCAAAGGUCUAUUUUCCUUUUAGGGAAGCAAAGCGAAUCCCAUGGCCCAAAUUGAUGGCCUAUUUCACAUCCAUUAAGCUGCCCACAAGAAAUUACACUUUUAUUUAAAUAAUAUAUAUGUUUUAGAGUUUUUUUUUUUUUUUUUUUUUUAGUCUCGCAGCUCAAUUUGACUUAUUUUCUCUGGAGCUAGUGACAGUAGUUUGA